AAUUUGAUACGAAAGUAAAAGGGAAACAGCGUCUUUCAUUAUUGUCGUUCUUUCUGUGAAAGUUGUCGUUCAAAGCAAUCAACUUCUGAAAUUGCAAUUGAAAAAAGAAACAAAAAAAUCAAAAGAUGGAUCCAAAAUUAACCGAAGUAUCUCAGCUCUUCGAUCGGUUUAAGGCUGCGUUUCUCAGAAACGACUUUGAUUCAUCUUCUAAUCUUCUUUCUCAGCUAAAGGUGUUACUAACAGGGUUUAGAAGCCUUCCGCCCUUGUUUGCAGAUACACCUAAUGCAGUUCAGGAGUUAACAAUAGCAAGGGAUAUAUACGAGCAUGCCGUUGUCCUUAGUGUAAAAAUCGAGGAUCAAGAUGCCUUUGAAAGGGAUUUCUUCCAGUUGAAACCGUAUUAUACAGAUGCCCGUAAUCGUCUUCCACAAUCUCCUCAGGAGUACCCAAUACUUGGUCUCAACCUGUUGAGACUACUUGUGCAGAAUAGAAUUGCUGAAUUCCAUACUGAGUUGGAAUUACUUUCAUCCACUGCUCUAGAGAAUCCUUGUAUUAAGCAUGCUGUGGAGUUGGAGCAAUCUUUUAUGGAAGGGGCUUACAAUCGUGUUUUGACUGCUCGACAGACUGUGCCACAUGAUACAUAUGUUUAUUUCAUGGAUCUUUUGGCAAAGACCAUCAGAGAUGAGAUAGCAGGAUGCAGUGAGAAGGCAUACGACUAUCUUUCAAUUAAUGAUGCUAAGCAAAUGCUGCUAUUCUCUUCAGAUCAGGAACUCUUGGAAUAUAUUAAAGAGGAGCACCCUGAGUGGGAAGUUAAGAACAAUUCUGUCUUUUUUCAAAAGGCAAAAGAUUCUGCACCUUGCAAAGAAAUACCCUCCCUGCAACUCAUCAACCAAACACUUAGUUAUGCUAGGGAGUUGGAGAGGAUUGUCUGAAAAGAAAUGCACAGGAUGGUUUAUGUGUUUUCCCAAAUUGCUGAUAUUGUCGUUUGAAAUUGUUUACUUCUGAUUCAAUGUUUAACUAUAAGAUGAUUUGUAUUCGUAUUUUGGUCAUCUAGGCGGGCUGUAUUGUUUCUUGGAGUACCCUCUUCUUUCUUCUUUACUGUGCUAAAAAUCAUUCUAUACUUAUGUCUGACUUCUAUAUCCCGAGAAUUAGAUACUGGAUGAGAAUGUAGUCUGAAUUCAAACCCAUUGGAAGGUUCAUAUUCAAAUCAUGGUGAUAUGAAUUUAUUGGAGCCUUGAAUUCUUUGAUCA